CAUGCGUUCAAUUUUUCUUUGGUAGAUUCAAAACAUUAUUCAGCAAAUCGUUAAAGCUUUUGCUGUGUCAUAUAAUUUCGAAGUAAAGUUUUGUGAUUUCUCGUCAGCUGCGCAGCUUUUUUACUUUUUUCGGUCUUUUGGUAUCGAUUCAAUCAUAAUGACUGAAACUACAGCGUUUUUGAAGGAUCAACAAACAAAUAAUCCACCUGAAAUCUCACAAGCUUGGUCUACAAUCGAAGAUUUGUACACCAGAAAAUUAUGGCAUCAAUUGACAGAAAAAUUGUUAAAUAUUGUCAAAUUUCCUCACUAUGGCAAAGGAACACAGUUAAUCGAUAUGUAUCGGAACUUCAUAUCAGAUUUUGAGAACAAAAUUAAUCCAUUAUCGCUGGUUGAAAUACUGUGUCCUCAUGUGAUAAGACAAUUCACAGAUGGUGUUGAAGCUCUUGCAUUUUUGAAUAAAAUAAAAGAAAAAGUGAAAUCAUCCGAUGAAGCUGUGAUUCUGUGCUCAACAGCUAUCGGAAAUAUUCAUUUAUUUGAAAAAAAUUUCAAGGAUACCAAGGCAAUAAUUGAAGAAUGUGAUCAGCUUCUAACAUUACUACCAAGUGUGACAUCAGUGCAUUCUCGUUUCUACGAUCUUUGCAGUAACUAUCACCAAUUACUUGGACAUCAUAAUGAAUAUUAUAAAGAUGCUCUACGAUAUUUGGGAUGUACUGACAUUAAAGACAUUCCACUGGAGGAGCAGCAAGAACGUGCAUUUUAUUUGGGCUUGGCUGGAUUACUAGGAAGUGAAGUAUACAAUUUUGGAGAGCUGCUUCAACAUCCAGUACUGGAGUCUCUUAGAGAUACUCCUCGUCAGUGGUUAAUAGAUUUAUUAUACGCAUUUAACAGUGGAGAUAUGGGAAAGAUGCGACAAAUCAAAUCUCUAUGGGCAUCUCAGCCUGAUCUUGCAGCCAACGAACUGAGUUUGAGACAGAAGAUCAUGUUGCUCUGCUUGAUGGAGAUGACUUUCACACGUCCCGCAAAUAACAGACAUAUAUCGUUCCAAGAAAUUGCCACAAAAACAGAAAUAGCACCAAAUGAAGUAGAAAUUCUAACUAUGAAAGCCAUGUCUUUGGGAUUAGUAAAAGGAACCAUCGACCAGGUAACAGAAAAAGUUCAUAUGACCUGGGUACAACCGAGAGUGUUGGAUAAAACGCAGAUUGGCAAGAUGAAAGAAAGACUUGAUGACUGGUGUAAAGAUGUUUCAGAAAUGGAAAGAUCUGUGGAACAGAAAGCUGCUGAUAUUCUUACAUGAAGUAGCUAACCAACAAACACAACUGCUGCUUACAAGAUGCUGUUAUUGAAAAACUUGAAAUUUUAUACAUUUGAAAA